UGGAGCAAAUCAGUCCUCGGAAUUUAGCACGCUUCAGAAGAUGUCAGCACCUUUGAUCUUGUGGUGUGUGAUUGCUCUCUUUGCUAAUGUUCCAACAGCAUUAAGCAGACCUCGGCAUAUUGGAAAGCCUGUUUCCGAAGUAAAAGCGGAUGAAGUACAAAAAAGGCAGUCAGAAUGCGGGAAUGUGACGAAUAAUGAACUGAAAAGUCCCAGGUACCCGAGUUACUACCCAAAUAACAUACAUUGCGUUUACUGGGUCGUCAUUCCUGCUGGCAAGACAAUGAACAUCUACUUUAAUGACUUCCAUCUCGAAUAUACCUCCAUAUGUAGCUUUGACUAUUUGAAGAUUGCAAACGAAAAAGAUGAGACAUUUGGUGGGCACAAUGGAAAGUACUGUGGUGUUCAAUAUGGAAACGUCAGUGUCACUGGUCAAUACGCUGUGUUAACAUUUCAUUCAGACGGCAGCGUCUCACGUAGAGGAUACAACUUGACAUUCACUUUUGCCCCUGUCGGCUCAAAUGGUACCCAGUCUCCGCCCACUUACCCUCCAAUAGGUACCCAAGGUCCACAAACAGUGUACCCAACAAAUCCUCCUUGGUAUACCACAGCACCACCAAACGUUGGUUGUGGUUACGUGCAAGGUUAUCAGCUCACAAGUCCCGGAUAUCCAAACAAUUAUCCGAAUGGGAUAGACUGUGAGUACUGGGUCUACAUUCCUUAUGGCAAGGCGUUAAGAAUUUACUUCAAUGACUUUCAAGUUGAGCCAGAUCCAAGUUGCAGCUAUGACUAUUUGAGGAUAGCAAACGAAAAAAAUGAGACAUUUGGUGGGCGCAAUGGAAAGUACUGUGGUGAUCAAAAUGGAAGCGUCAGUGUCACUGGUCAAUAUGCUGUGUUAACAUUUCAUUCAGACGGCAGUGUCGCACAUAGAGGAUACAACUUGACAUUCACGUUAAUCCCUACUGGCUCAAAUGGUACCCAGCCUCCACCCACUUACCCUCCAAUAUCACGAACCCCUGCAACUAUGUUUCCAUCUGUUGGACCAUCUCCCGAUGCAAAGAGGGAACUCCAGUACCUCAUUGCCAUCGUGCGAUAUCUCCUAAAUCAGAUGGAGUAUGUAGUGAACAAUGAGGUUUUCAGUGUGUCUGUCAGGGAUUAUGAAGCUCGAGUCAAGAGAGCGAUUACUGAUGUCCACCAUGCUCUACGGGCUGAAGGAAGGCAGAAGCGUGACGUUAGUAGUGUGAAGAUGAUUAGCCAGUUGGAAAAGAAGGCUGACGAUCUAAUAAAGCAACUGCAAAUCAAAGAAGAUCGAUACCAGAGGAGUGCCCCUAAAAGGAAAGUUGCUAUUGAGGAUGCUGAGAAAGCUCACUGAGCUGAUCAGGUUGACAUAGUCAAAGCAACUAGAAAUACUAAAAAGAAAGUUGAUACUAGAAGAGAAAUAAGCGUAGAGAAGAAAAACGAACCCGACCUGCUUACUAAAAACUGAAUAAUAGCUGUGCUGUGGGGAUUGGGUGCGAAUAUUUGAGUUAAGGCACUGAAUAAAGGAACUUAUGGCAUAAAAA